GUACGGUCACGUGAAAACAGCGUGACAAAAGAUUUAUAUAAAAGAAACGGAACAAAUUGUUAAAUUAAACGGAAUAACUCAAACAGUUCCAGAGCCAAAAUGUCGAUUGUGCAUCUUAUGUUGAUCUGCCUGCCGGCCUUGACCUUGGCCCAGACGGUCGACCUCAAGCCGUACAACGUCACGGCCGUCGCACUCUUCCUUCAGGUCGACACCAACCAAGACCACAACGUGGAUAAGGCUGAGCUCCACGCCACUUUCUUGAGCUACGACACUGACGGCGACGGCAGAAUCACCAGACACGAGUACACCAGCUACGUGGACACCCACAGCCCAGCCCUCCACCCCCUGUCCCACGCCCUCUACGACAUCUACGACGUGGACGGUGACCACCAUCUGGAUGAGCACGACUUCAACAACUUCUUUAGUUUAAUGGACGGCGAUGGCAACGGUAUCGUCAGUGCUGAAGAAUUUAUCAGAUACUGGGAGAUUCUGUUCAUUGACCUUGAACACAUUCACGGUGGUGGACGUUAAAGCAAGUUAACUUCUGACUUGGAUGUCAUUGUUAACACCUUGUAGCAUAUUACACUUUAUCUCUUACAUAUUAUGUAAUAUAAAAUGGUGUAAUUUUUUUAAUUAAACACACUAUCGA